AUGAGUGAGCAGGAGACGGAGACAGAGGAGGAUGAGGGAGGAGGCGCCUCGGACAUAGCACCCAUGCUGCCCCGAAGGCCUCGCGACCACCGGGCCACGGCCCUCACGUGCCCAGGGCGGCCAGGCAGGGCUGCCCCAGGCCUCGGGCCCCUGCUGCUGCCUGGCCGGGCCCUGGCUGGGCUCCUGCUGCACCUCCUGCUGCCGGCUACCGUCUUCCUGCUGCUGCUGCUCCCGGCAGCAGCCAUCGUCUACCUGGGAUUCCUGUGCCACUCGAAGGUCCACCCGGCCCCCGGCCCCCGGUGCCGCGCGCUGCUCUCGGACCGCGGCUCCGCGGCGCUCAUCGUAUUCGGCUUCCUCUCGCUGCCGCCGCUGCUCGCGCUCGCCUCGGCCGCCCGCGCCCGCCUGGCCCGGCACCUCCGCCCGCCGCUGCCGCCCGCCACCCGGACCCCCGGACUCCGCUGCCACCUGGGCUCCAGCGACCGGGGGCUGGCGAGCCGCCACCCCGACGGGGAGGAGCAGCUCUGCGCCUGGCCCCCUCCCUGCCGCCGGGCGGAGGUGGCCUCCCACGAGGGACGCAGCGCCGCGCUCCGAGCAAACCGGCCUUCCCGGCUGUGCGCGCCGUGGCCGCGCUGCGCCCCUGCUCCCUCUCCAGGGGCUGCCCUGCGCCCUGCGCCCUGCCAGGUCGCCCCCGGGCCAGCUGGUGCCGGGGCUGCACCUCCCCUGCCGCCUCACCACUGGCCCAGGGGCCUGAACUCCUGGGGCGGAGGGGCCACGCUGCUGGUGGGCCUGCUGCAGACCCGCACCUUGGCAACACAGGCCCCUGCCCUGCAGGAGGCAGCCUGGGGCGUGCUCGUGCACACGUGUCCCAUCUGCUCCCCAUCCCAGAUCAGGAGCGUCAGCCCCACCCCACAGCUUGGAGCGGAGGAGGGGCUGGAAGAGGUGGUGGUUACCCCGAAGUCAACUGCCCUGGGAGCUGAGUGUCCCUCGGGUUACCCCGAGGCCCCCGCCUCUAGUCUGGGCCUAGCCAAGCUCCAGGACCCAUGA